CCACUCGACUCCAUAUCCAUGUCCAGAUUUGGCCCGCGGGCCGUAAGUUGAGUGUCACUGUCCUAAACUAAUCCUGUCUGUCCAAAUAUUAUUAAGAUAUAAAAAGAAAAGUAUUCAGCCCGAGAGCCGCGGCGGAACUGUACGGCACACCGCGUUUUCCACACGGACCGCAAACGCAUGAACACCGACCAAAAUGUAAACAGACGAAACAAACGCGGGAAAGUUCAGUGAACAUUUUUCUCAGACGACAGGAAAACAGCAGCGGCCAUGACAGACAUUUUAGGACUCGUGUUCAGGACUUUUGCGUCGCAGACGGAUGUAAAGCAGCAGCUCGCUGCCGGUCUGCCGCCCCCUGCAGCCGGCAGCAGCGCUCUGCUGGUCGGCCGCUCCGGGACCAGCCGCUCCGGGACCAGCCGCUCCGGGACCAGCCCCUCCGAGAUCAGCCGCUCCGUGCUGCUGCUGGCGGCCGUGACAGCAGCCUCGGAGGCCGGCGUCAGGGUGGUGUUCUUCAGCCGGACUCAGAUCCAGAGCCUCCCGGUGUGUCUGCAGCAGAGUUUUCUGAGCGCGGACAGGCUGAAGAAAAUCAAGUUUUCCUAUCCCAGGACACUUGAGGAGCUGCUGCAGCAGGUGGCCAGCCUCCACGAGUCGUCCAACACGUCUCCCAGCCCUCCCUCGCUGAUCAUAGUCGACAGGCUGGACGGUUAUCUGUGUGGUGCUGCAGGCGGCGGCCACGGUGGAUUUCAGCCGGGAGAGCAGUCCUGCGCCGCGCACCUCUCCGCGCUGCUGUGCGACAGCGCCGCCUUCCUCACACGGCUGCUGAGGCAACGCUGCUCGAGCUCCCCCGCCUGCCGCGUCAUCGUCUCUUUCCACUCUGAAAAGGACAUGUUGCAAGCCGGUGCGGAGACCUCUUCCACAGAUCCCAUCCUCGACGUUCUAGAUCGGUAUUUCCCGGUGCGCUGCACUCUGGAUCGAGACCGGAGCUAUGAGGCCACAGCAGCUGGACUGCAGGAGGUGUGGCACGUUUACUUUUCUGGGACGGGCAUCACAGACCCUGACCCUGACCCUGAUCCUGAUCCUGACCCUGACCCUGACCCUGACCCUGAUCCUGACCCUAACCCUAGCUUUAACCCUGACCCUGACCCUGACCCUGACCCGGCUGCAGCACGAGAGUGGCAGUUGUUGAUUUCCACUGAUGGUUCAAUGGAGUUUAAGAUGGUUUGAAAACGUCUGUAUCAAAGACUGUCGCAGCAGAAAGUUGAAGGUGGAUUUGUGUGCAUUUUUUCGGGAAAAUGCUGUUUUUUCUUUGGCGGUUGGUUGUUGGAAGUGAGGAUGAGAAGCAGUAUGAGAGGCCUUUACAUGCCAUCUUCCACGUUGAGCAGAUGGUUUGUUUUCAGGAUGGUUUCAGCCGUCUCUUCCUGUUUACUGAUCAGAGCAGUUCUUGUCUUUGAUCCGAGCGUCGCUCCUCUGGUACCAAACCAGCCGCUCAGCUCCGUGUUUCCCUAAAGAACCACCAAACCUACAUCAAAGGAGUAUCAGUGAUGAAAAGCGACUGCUGUCGCCUCACUAAGCUUCCCGCAGAGCCUCAAAAACUCUUAAACGGCACUGAAUUCGUCAAUGUAAAGAUAAGGCCUUAAUUGAUAUUAUAUUGAGUUAAAAAUGCCCAGACAUUAGUUUUUUUUUCUGAUGUUGCCUUGUAAAAUCUCAAAAUAAUUAACAUCUAUUUUUUGUUAAAUAAUUUACCACAUUCCUCCUCUUUAACACGUCAGGAAUGAAUCCAGGAAGUGAAGUGAGACACAAAGAAUCGCCGAGAAAACCGUCCAGAAAUGCCAAAUAUUCCCACUUAUGUUGGUAAACUAAAUAGAUACUUUUAUGAAAAUAUAAUAUGUUUAUUGUCUUACAUGUGUUUCGCUCUAAAAAGGUCUGGGUUUUUUUCCAACAUUUGAUGUAAAUAAUCUAAAUUUUUCCCUGGACAGAAAAAGCCAUGGUUUGACUUGCCUACACGAACCCUGAAUAACAAAAACCAUUAAGACACGUUUCUGCUAAAGAGCUCAAAGGCUCAAGUUUGGCUCCCGCUCGCUGAGCUGAACUGCCAAUGAACAGUGUUUUCAUUCACCGUCGACUCCACUGACAAAGGCCAAAGGACACGCCGCAGCGACUACAGCGACAGAAUCUCAGCGGCGUCCCAAACCCGACCUUCGUGUUGGUGUGUCACGGCCGUUACCGCUGAUACAGCACGAUGUGAUCUGCCGCUCGCCCUCUCAGAUCUCAGCUAACAGGACCGCAGUGGUUGUAGAUGUACAACGUUUAAUGAAUGUUAAAAGACACAAAGUUUUGUCAAACAUGUGAAUAAAAUGUUACACAAUAAAAACAUUAACACAAACAUUGAGGACUGUUUUAAAAUGAACGGUGGUUACCAACAUUUUCAGCUGAGGACCCCUGAAAAUUAAGCAAAGUCUACUGCGACCAAAGGUCAAAAAACAAAACACCGUACAUCAAAAUAAACAUUUUGUAAAGCACAUUUAGGAUUUUUUAAAAAAUUAUUAUUUUUAAUUUAUUUUUCAUAUCCUUUUAAUCUUCUUGUGACCCUCAGUUUUGUUUUGUAGGGCCUAGAGGGGUCCCGUCCCUCAGGUUGAGAACCACUGAUUUACUACAUUGGCACGGUCAACGUGUGAGAUGUUGGACUGAAGUAUUUGAUAUCAAAGUUUUUUAAGUAUUUUAUACAUCAGAAGAAAAAUAGAAAACACUUAUUGUGAAAAAUAAACAAUUACUAAUGCAGAAUAUUAUUUUAAAACUUUCUGGAAAACAUGAAACAGCAGUACGCUACUUAAGUAAACUAAGAUCACGUUCUCUGAAAAUAUAUGUUGAAUAGGGGAAAAAAGCCUGAAUAAUACGUGACCCACACAUGUAAAAUAAUGGGAAUUAAAAAAUGGAUUUAAAAAACAAUCAUCUCUGAUCAAUUAUUAAUUGCUGUUGUGAAAAACAUGCAUUGAUUGAUAAGAAAUCGACUUUUGGUUGUGGGUUUUGAGCUUUGUUUUCUUUAUUUGUCUGUUACCCUAUAACUUUAAUCUUCAAAAAAUAUUCAGCAAUGUAAAGAAAUGCUUUUAUAUAUCUUUAGCUACUAUUAUAAUAAAUUCUUCUAAGCUAUAAAAGCAAACAAUCAUGAAAACCUUUUUUUUAAAAAAAAAAAAAAAAGCAGUGAAUGAAAUGUUUUGAAUAGAAACAUCCAUGUUAAGACAAACUGUACAUGUUCUGCCCUGUAGAUGGCAGCAGUGACUAAAAACGUGAUAAUGAAGACCUACUAACGGCUACAGUUACACGAGGAUGAAUUUUGCCUACAGUCGUACUAAUUAUACUUUGUUUGUUCCUGGAUGAUAAAAUACAAAAGUCAUCAUCAUUAUAUGAUUAUUUACAGAUACAGUGAGUUUCUUCCAGUUCGGAAAUGACAUUAACAUAACAGCUGUAGGGUUCAAGUGUUGGUUCUUUUUGAAGACUUAAAUUUCUAAAAUCUGAUCAUAAAUAUAUAGUUUCAUUUAAAAACAUACUUGAAUUUCCUAAAACGGCUUUGCACUCAACAAACGUUGAGUCAAGUUUGCAGUUUGCAGCCCCGUCACCAAAAGAAAAGGUUGCACGUUUCUGCAGACCACAGAUUCAAACAUAGGAGUUAUUUGGUGACCCCUGGACGCUUUUCCAGCUGCUAUUGUGCUGCCAAAUGUAAGUAUUUUAAUCUUUUAAAACAUGAUUAAAGUGGUUUGAUUUCUUUCAAAAAUGUGGCGAGAAGGCAAUGAGCAA